AUACAACUUUUCUGUUAGAGCUCGACAAUUACCGAAAAGAACUGCGACUAGUGAAUGUGAUGGCUGUAUGUCUGUGUACAAGAGAGUGAAAAUGACGAGGGCCAACAGAGUUGAUGAUGGUCAUAUAAUUAAUAUCAACAGCUUAUCAGGACAUUGUUGUGGCAAAGCACAUUUUUAUUCAGCUACUAAACAUGCAUUGACUGAAUUAACUGAAGGCAUUAGAUGGGAACUAAGAGAAAUAAACAGUCAUAUCAAAAUAACAAGUAUCAGUCCAGGCUUAGUGAAGACUAAUUUUGCCUAUACUGCAGUUGGAGAAGCUGCAGCUAACCAAUGUUACAGUACAAGACAAGGUCUGGAUCCUCAGGACAUAGCCAAUGCCAUAGAAACAGUUUACUCUUACCCAUCACAUGUCCAGGGCGCAAACCCACCAUACAGAGACUUAAGUCUACUGCCAUUCCCAGCCUAUUUUCCUGGACCAAGCAAGAGACUGAAUCGUCCGCAAAAAGAAAAAUCAUGGCAGUUUCCUGUGAAAACAAAAGAACUAAACUUGAUGAAUAUUGUAGUAGAAAUCUAGAGGAAAGUUUUGAUUGUAAAGUUGGUUUUCCUGAAGAAGUUAUUCAUACUGCAGACAGGAUUUAUGACUGUCCACCACCAACUGCCGAGCUAAUGUUGAGAUUCACAGAUGGAAUUACGCAGACACCAUCAAUGCCUAUAUUUUCAGCAGAGAAUUUUGAAAUGAAGACACGUGACACAGCCAUGCAUUUUUAUUCCGGUUUAGAGUUGUAUACUAAAUUUUUAUUUGUUUUGACCACACUUGGUCCAGCGGCACAUUGUUUGAGAUACAUAUAUUUUCAAAUUGAUAGGGUGUCAUUUGAAAAUCAGUUUUUUUAUGACUUUGAUGAAAUUGAGGCAUUAUACAACCAACUUUGAACUGUCUAGAUUCUAGAUUGAAACUAGUGUUAAGAAUAUUGUGUAAACAUGGAUUGUUUUUAUGUCUAAACAGUGGCGUGAGGCUAACACUUGGCCAUUUAGUGGUUUAGUCAGGUAUUUUUCGCCAUCCAACUUCAAAUUAAAGUUUCCUACAACUUGGAUUAUUAUUGACAGCACAGAAUAUCCCGUGAUAAAACCUAAAGCUCCUAGAGCUCAGGCAACCUUUUCAUCAUAUAAAAACAGAAACACUGAAAAUACUUGUAUGUUCGACACCUGGUGGUUUAGUCAACUAUGUCUCUAAUGCAUAUGUUGGUUGUACCAGUGACUGUGAAAUAGAUGAAAGAUGUAGAAUAGUUCAAUUAUGUGAUCCAGGUGACAGUGUGAUGGCAGACAAAGGUUUAAAUGUGCAAGAUUUGUUUGCUCACUUUUUUCAAAAGAAGAAACAGAAUUAGUUCCAAAACUCUUAUACGGGAUAGAAAAGUCUCCAAUUAACACGUGCACAUAGAGCUAAUUAUUGGACUUGGCAAAACAUACAAAAUUCUAAUAAUUCCUAUGAAUGGAACUGAAACAAAACUUUCAUCUGAAAUAACAUUUAGUUGUUUUAUGUUGUGUAAUUUUAGAACUUGUAUUGUGCCAAAGGAUGCAUAAUUAAAAGUGACGCAAUGAA